AUGUCCAUUUCCUCUUCGGAAUUGAGGCGACGAAAAGCGAAAAAUGCUUUCUCGGUGAUGGAUCACCAACAGGAUGAUUUGAAAAAGCACAAGCAAUGUGUCAAGCCAGCAACUCAUGAGGCUACAAGCAGUAAUGAUGCACUCAUUGCCUUUGCUAUGUUUAUCGUGUCACUGCCAAUUCGAUUCAAAAACCUCAGUCAUCCUAACCAAGUAGUUUUUGAUGAGGUUCAUUUUGGCCGGCAAGCUUCCUACUAUAUUACACAGAAAUUCUUCUUUGAUGUGCACCCGCCCUUGGCCAAGAUGCUGAUUGCGUUGGUUGGUUGGAUUGCAGGAUACAAUGGCCAGUUUGACUUUAAGGAGAUUGGAAGUGAAUAUCCCUCCAGCGUGCCAUACACUACUAUCCGUGCUCUUGGUACUUUAUUAGGCUGUUUGGUGGUACCUUUGGCUUAUUUGACCAUUCGCAAUGCUGGGCAUUCAAGAAUCGCUGGUACAAUGACUGCCUUGGCAAUCUGUUUUGGUUGUGCCUGUAGUAGUAAAUGGGUAGGUGUCUUCACUACGGUUACUGUGGGUGUGUCUACACUGAAGCAAUUAUGGGAGAUUCUUGGAAAUGUGCGAGUAACAAAACGUAAAUACUUUAUUCAUUUUACUGCACGAUUGACAUGUCUUUGCAUCAUCCCCAUUUCCAUCUACGUGGCAACAUUUUACGCUCAUUUUGCUAUUCUUACAAAGUCAGGUCCUGGUGACACUUAUAUGGAGAUUGAGACACAGAAUGAAUUGAGAGGAUACGACCCUGUGGAUACGCCGGUGCCUAUUACAUAUGGCUCGCUUAUUACCAUGCGCCAUCGCGAAACAACAGGCGGUUAUCUUCAUUCUCACGCGGCCAACUAUGUAGAUGGGUCUGGUCAGCAACAAGUGACAUUAUAUCCUUAUAGAGACGAGAACAAUUGGUGGAGAAUCCUGAAAGCAGAUGUCUAUGAAAAGGACACGCAUGAUCUUUUGGGCAGUGACAAUACUACUUAUCUAGAAUAUGUUCGCAAUGGUGAUAUUGUUCGACUUGAGCAUGUAGCCACUGCUCCUCGCAAGCUCCAUAGUCAUAACGUGCCUGCCCCUGUGACAGAUACUGAUUAUCAUUUUGAAGUGAGUGGCUACGGCUUUGUGAACCACACUGGCGAUUCCAACGACUUUUGGCGUAUUCAAAUUGACAACAAUACUGCUUAUCCUGAAGCUGGUCAAUAUUUAGAAGCUCGUCGUAGUCUCUUCCGUCUCGAACAUCCCAACCAAGAUUGUCAUCUGUAUUCUACUUAUGAAAGAUUGCCUGACUGGGGAUUUGAACAGCAAGAAGUGUCCUGCAUCCAAGAAGGCAUCAAAUCCAAGAUCAUGUGGAUCAUUGACGAAACAGAGAACCCUCUUUUGCCUGCUGAUGUCGAUAUCGAGCCUGAACAUAGACCUGGGUUUGUAUCCAAAUUCAUUCGUUUACAUUAUGCCAUGUGGAACUUCAACGUCGGUUCAGUGGAAGCACAUCCUUUUCAAACACGUCCCUAUGCAUGGCCCGUACUCCGCUCUGGCAUCAACUACUGGGUCUCAGACACUGCUCAGAUCAUCCUGCUGGGCAACCCGUUGGUCUACUGGAGUUCUACCGUUGCUGUAUUCACCUUUGGCAUCAUCUUUGCCUUUUUCCAAUUGCGCGAUAAACGAGGAUUUCACGAUCAAUUCAAUGGAAAGCGUGCUUUCUUUGAAAACUCUGCUGGAUUCUUUGCUCUGGGCUGGGUGCUGCACUAUGUCCCCUUUUACUAUAUGGAUCGUCAGUUAUUCUUGCAGCAUUACAUGCCUGCUCUGUACUUGGCUGUAUUGACGUUGGGCGUCGGCAUCGAUUUGAUCUUCAAGAGAUCCCCUCGUAUCGUCAAGCUUGUAUUUGCUGUCAUUGCAAGUGCUUGUAUUGUAUACACGUACUAUGUUUACUCUCCCAUUACCUAUGGUGAACCUUGGAGUGUUGCUGGAUGUGAGCAAGCUACGCUGCUGGAUUCAUGGGAUCUGAAUUGCGCUCACUAUAACGCUGAUGCUCCUCGAAGAGUGACGUUAAACAAGUCGAAUGAGCCCAAUAUCAUGAAUAUCGAUCAGCCUAUUGAGCAAGAAGUCAGACUUGAGUCCGAGGGAGGUAUCGUUUACGUGGAUGGGGAGGGAAACCGUAUUCCUCUUGAGGAUGUGCCUGAAGAGUACCUCGUUCAUGACGAUGAUGAAGAAGAUGAGGACAUUGAGCAAAGUGAUAUGAAGCAAAAGGUCGAGGAAUACGAUGAUGAAGACAAAGAUGAAGACGAAGAUGAAGAGGAGGAUGGACCUACUGAAGCUCCAGUAUUUGCAGAUCCUGAACCAGAGUUCAUUGAUGGAAAGGAAGUCUAUGGCGACGAUGAAGAUGAAGAUGAAUACCCAAAGACUAUUUACGGCGUUGACCCUGAGGCCGAUGAGGAUGAAGAGCCAGAUCCAUUUCCCUUGAAAGUUAGAGAUAUUCCCAAUACAAUUCAUGUUUAA